ACAGUAUAGUCCCAUCUCCCAUCUCUGCUUUCACAAAAACAAACAGGUGUACUGUUAGCAGUAAACACAACUUGUAAAUGUUUUUUCUUCUUUAAUUGUUUCACGAACAUCAGAAUGCCAUCUAUAUAUGUGUGUUUUGUUUAAAUCAUAUUGAAAUGGAAGUAGAUGAAGUUUCAAAAGGACGAGAAAUAAAUGGCCAAACUAAUGAAAAGACACGGUCAUUCAACGAUGAGAAGGAAAAUAUUCUCUGUGAGAAUAUGUUAAACCACGUAGCAGUUAACAAGCUUGCGCAUUUCAAAAGUCAGCAGGUGGGAGAACCAGAACUGAGCACGCAACAGAAGAGGGAUAUAGCGAAAGAGCUUCUAAUAAGGAACCCAGAACAGUUUCUUGCGAGGUUUGGGAACCACCUUGAGGAAGAACAUUUAGACUAUUUUUCGGGUGUAAAAUUUGAUACCUACGAAAUCCAAUUUCAUCUCAGACAGUUGCGAAGAGGACUCAGCAAGAAAAAGAAGCAGAUCGACAUACGAAAUAGGAGAUACCAAGCCUUAAAGAAAUUAUUGGAUGAAGGGACAUACUUCAGUGAGACAGAAAUGAUGAAACGAAAUCCACUUUUAUAUGAACAGCUAAUUGGGCAGUUCCUCACCAAGAAAGAAAUAAGAAAUAGAGACAAAUGUGAUGAAAAUGCAAAAACAUUUCUUUCAAUACUGAUGGAUCAGCUGGACAGAGAAGAAAUAGAGCGUCUGAAACAACAACAAAGAGACGAUGAGGAGGCAGCAGUGGAGGAAGUUGAUACCAGUGAUGAAGAAUCAGAAGAAAAUAAUGAAAUAAAUGAACAAGAUCCAGUGAGGGAGGAAGAAGAAGAAGAGGAUGAUGAGAGUGAUAAUCAGAUGAGUCCUUCACAGAGUGACAGAGAGAAUGAUGAUAAUGAGGCUGAGACAAGUCGAAAUAGCUCUCUAAAGCCAAAGAAAUUGUCUAGGAAAGAGAAGGAGCUUCUCCGAGAAGAAUUUGUCACCAGCAUGUAUCAGAGUUUUCUUGAUGGGAAUGAUAAGGAUUUUGAUUACAGCAGCAAGGUGGAUGGUAAUCCAGACUAUGAGUGCCUGGCAGUUCGCACACAAGAUGAGGAAGAAAAGUAUUUUGAUGCCGAAUCACCAGAGAUUUUAUCAGGAGAUGAAGACAAUACCUGUGCCAUGCAGCAGGGUAAUUGCUGUGACGAUGAUGAUGAAGAAGAUGAACUAGAUUUAUUCAUGAAAAACUUGAAACCUGAAGCAACACCAAGUGACCUUGCUACUGAAAUGGAGAAAAUAUAAAUCAGAAGUUUUGUGAUAUAUAUGUAGACCAUAGAGUGGUUCAUUGUUUACUAUUGGACAGAGAGAUUAUUGGAGGAGUAUGGCAGCAAAUUAUGGAGACUGAUACUCUGUAAAGAUUGAGGCACUGUUAUUAAGACAGGUUUAAUGUUGUUGACAAGUUCUCCAAAGUUAUUGUUUCCACAUUUGGAAAAAUCAAUAAAUGUUUCAACUGUAA